AUGGUCUCCGCAAAUGAUUAUCCUUUCACAUCCUUCCGUUGGAGGGUUCUUAACGCACUGCGGAUGGAACUCAACUCUAGAGGGGAUAACCUCUGGUCUACCGCUGCUUACAUGGCCGCUCUUUGCAGACCAAUUCUGCAACGAGAAAUUGGUCGUGCAGUGGAAGAAUUGAUGGGUGAUAGUGAUGAUGCUAAGGAGAGAAGAAGAAGAGCCAAAGAACUUGGAGAAUUAGCUCACAAGGCUGUGGAAGAAGGAGGCUCUUCUCAUUCCAACAUCACAUUGUUCUUGCAAGACAUAAUGCAACAAGAGAAACUCAAGAACUGA